GUCUGGGAGAGGAAGAAUGUGGAGAGAAAGGUCCUAGAAGAGGAGAGAAAGAUCCAAGAGAAGGAGAAGGAGAGAGAGAUCCUGAAAAAGAAGAAGGAGGAGGAACAGCAGCCCGCGAAUGCCUUGACUCUGGCUUCGACGUCUACAAUACAGAGGUCGUGUUCGAUCGAGCCGGCGCCGUGGUGGCGAAAUACCAUAAGAAGUCCCUGUACCUCGAGCCAGGCUUCACCCCGGGGUCACAGGACGAUAAGGAAGCCAUCUUCACGACCGAUUUCGGGGUCACGUUUACGCUUCAGGUGUGCUUUGACGUCCUCUACCCGGGGCCAGGAACGAGCAAUGUGGUCGAACGAGGAGUGAAAGAUGCUAUAAUGAGCAGUUACUGGGUGGAUGAACUGCCGUUUCUUACCGCUCCUCAGGUGUGGCAGAGCUGGAGCGAGGGCCUGGCCGUCAACCUGAUGGUCGCCAACGUCCACAACCCAGAGGAGGGUGCUCUCGGCUCCGGCAUUUUCCGCGGUCUAACCUCACAAGACAGCCUUUACACGUACGACCCCAACAGCGGGUCCAAGCUCCUGGUCGGGGAGGUCGUGAGUCGUCGCACCGCGCCGCUGAGGACGUCGACUGGCCACCACGACGACGACGACGACGCCACGACAACCGAGGGAACGAGAGGGGAGGGCAGUGACGUCAUAUUGAUUCAGUCCCAAGCAGUGCCCGAGAGAGAGGACGUUGGCAUGGGCAUCUACCAGGAAGCAACUUGGAUCCCCACUGAGAACGGGGAUGGUGAGGCGGAAGAGAAGAACGGCCAACCCGAGACAGAAGGAAGGGAAAUCCGCAGUGAGCGGGUCUUUUUACACGAAGAUCUUGAGCGGUAUUCAAGUUACGUGCUUGAGAGAGGGGACGGUGCGAUGGAGAGAAGUCUUUGCCACAACGACAGUCUUUGUUGCUCUGUGACGUAUUCCUUCCCCGCCGAUCUCACAGAUAACUCUUCAUUCUUGCUCCUUGCUUACAGUGGUGUGUCGGAGAAAGGAGGUGGAGCGUACAAACUAUUUACACAAGUCUGUGCUGUCGUGUACUGCUUGAACGAAAACGUGACCUCGUGCGCGCGCGUCGAAGAAAACGGACCAUCACAGAAAACGUCUUUCCGCGCCCACAACGUCACGGGGGACUUCGAUACUUCUUACAUAUACCCUUCCGUGUUCACCCAAGAUUUCAAGCUCGUCGACGCAUCUCUGUGGGACUUUGAGUCUUCGUUUUCAAGCGAGAAAUUGGUGAAGAGUACGCUGGUGUUGCACGAGGAAGUAGAUAACCUGCUGUCACUUACACUCUUUGGUCGGUGGUUCGAUCGGGACCCUUAGUAUAUUGGUUUGGUGGUAGACGAUUUGAUUCUUGUCGCGUGCAUGUGCGUGUAUAAUCAUACAUGUACUCAUGUGAGAGCAGCCGAGGAAAAUAAAAAGUAAAUAAAAUAAUAUGAAGUAUAGUA